AUAUUUUCUUAUUUGGAUUUGUUCUAGGCUUUGACCUUUCUUUGAGAAUAAAAGGGUCAAGAAAAAUGUGCAGCCACCUACCAAAUUACCCUGCUAUAGUAUAUAAAUCUCUGCUCCGACUGAGGAAGCAUCCGAACAAACAGAGGCCACAAUGCCGUCGCCGUCGUCCAUGGUGCGAGUGCUGUCGUCGCGCACGGUGAGGCCGCCGUCGCCGCGGCCGCGCGAGCGUAUCCCGUUCACCUCCUGGGAUGCCGCCUUUCUCUCCGCCAACUACAUCCAGAAGGGCCUCCUCUUCCACAAACCCAAAGAUCAGGCGGCGCUCUCCACCACCGCCCACGUCGUCGACCACCUCGCCGCCGCCCUCGCCGACACGCUCGCCGUCUACUACCCCGUCGCCGGCCGGUUUGCCACCGAACAACACAAGGACGACACCGGCAACGUCUUGGGAUGCUCUGUGCACAUCGACUGCGACGGGCAGGGGGUGGAGGUGCUCCACGCCGUGGCCGACGGCGUCUCAGUCGCCGACGUGGUCCCGCCCGACGCCGACGUGCCGCGCGACCUGGUCGGGUCCUUCUUCCCGCUCGACGACGCUGUCAACUACGACGCCGUCGACCACCCACUCUUCGUCGUCCAGGUCACGGACCUCGCCGACGGCGUCUUCGUGGGGUUCGCCUACAACCACGCCCUCUCGGACGGCACCGCCUUCUGGGACUUGGUCAACGUCUGGGCCGCCACCGCGCGCGCCAGGCUCGGACUCGCCCCGCCGCCAUCGGUGACGCCUCCGGUGUUCAAGCGCUGGUCAGCCGACGGAGGAGCCGCUGCCCCGGUGGUGCUGCCGUGCACCGACGUGUCGGAGCUCAUCGAUCGGAUUUCCCCGCCGCCGCUGCGCGAGCGGAUGCUGCACUUCUCGGCCGAGUCGCUGGUGGCGCUCAAGGAGCGGGCGCGCCAUGACCUCUUGGCCGCCGGGGACUCCGUCAGCGCCGCCGCGCUCACGCGCUUCCAGGCGCUGUCGUCGCUCCUCUGGCGCUGCAUCACCCGCGCCCGGAGGUUGUCCCCGGAGCAGGAGACCACGUGCCGCGUCGCCAUCAACAACCGCGCGCGGCUCCGGCCCCCACUCCCGCAGGAGUACUUCGGCACCACCAUCUACGCCAUCGGCACGGAGCCUGUGCGCGCGCCGGAGCUGCUUGAGCGAGGGCACGGGUGGGCGGCGGCGGCCGUGGGGCGGGCGGUGGCUGCGCACACGGACGAGUCCAUCCGGGCGCGGGUGGCGGCGUGGACUGCGAAGCCGAUGGUGUACACGGCGCGGUUCUUCGACCAGACGGCGACCAUGGUGGGAAGCUCGCCGUGUUUCGACAUGUACGGGUGCGACUUCGGAUGGGGCAGGCCAGUGGCGGCGCGGAGCGGGAAGGGGAAUAAGUCCGAUGGGAAGACGUCGCUGUACCCCGGGCGGGAGGGCGGGGGCAGCAUGGACGCGGAGCUUACGCUAAAGCCGGAGCACAUGGCAGCGCUGGAGGAGGACGAGGAGUUCUGGGCCGCCGUGACGCCGGCCGCGCCGGUGCGGUGACCAAGGGGAAAGCUUGAAUUUUCUUGACUUACUAAAUACUAAUAAUAUGCUUUAAUAAAAGAUCAUGUGUUUGCAAAUAUAGUUUUGCAACUCAAUUUCAAGCAGACCUUGCAAUGCAGCUGAUUUUGAAAUAAACACAGUAGCACCAUCAUCAACUAGCAUAGAUGCCUCCCCUCGCACCACCUCCGCCAUCCUUGAAGUACCCCCCACCCCCCGGCGACACCUCCUUCUAGUGAUACCUCACCUCGAUAUGUGCCCUCGUCUCUCUUCGCUAUCACGAUUAUGGGAGUAUGGGACGAUCCAAUGUUGAUGUCAAUGUGUAACAUCCCAAAAAUUCAAAACAAAACAAAUGAAUUCCCCUAGUUCCAAAUUUUGGAACCAACAAAAACUUUUAUUUAAAUUAAGUUUGAUACAUAGUAAUCUUGCUUAA